AAAUUAUUGACCAGACAAUGGCCCACAGAAGUCCAAUCUUCCCAACUCUUGCCCCUUCUGAAAGACGGGUCCGAAACAUCCCGCUGCACAGCCAGGCACUGACAGCAGUCCCGCUGGCAUCCGCCAGCCUGGUGGAUCAGCUGGAGGACAGAAUCCUGAGCCAUGAGAAAACAACAGCGGCUCUUGUGGAACACGCCUUUCGCAUUAAGGAGGACAUUGUUUCCACGCUGCACAGAAUGCAGAACAAAGGGGGGGGUGACCGGUUGGCAAGGCAACUCUUGGAAGAACACAUCCGAAACAUAACUGCGAUAGUGAGGCAGCUCAACCGGGACAUCGAGAUGCUGCAGGAACAGAUUCGUGUCAGAGACAAUCUCAGCUAUGGAACAAAUUCUACCCUGAAGAGUCUUGAAAUGCGGCAGCUUUCUGGCCUAGGAGAUCUUCGGGGAAGAGUUGCAAGGUGUGAUGCUGGGUUAGCCAGGCUGUCUGCAGAGCAUAAAAUUACGUAUGAAAGACUUCAGAGUCUAAGUAAAGACCAACACACCUCCAAGCUGAUCUUAGAAUCUAAAAUCAAAGAGGCAGAAAUUCAGAUUUCUCAUCUGCUGAGCAGAGUAGAGCAAUCAAUAAUGCAACAAGAAGCAAAGCUGAAGAUUGCCUACAAAGAGAACAACCAACAGCUGCAAGUCCUGGACACAAAAUUAAAAAAUGCUGUUGAGGAGCUCACCAGUCAGAUUUUGUCUGCACGAAGCUGGUUGGAACAGGAACAUGGAAAAACUGAAAAAGAGCUUGUGCAAAAAAUUGACCAACUCUCACUGACUUUUAAGGAAAGCACUGAAAUGAGUGAGAGAGGUAUUGAGAUGAAAUUCAACCAAAUGGCAGAGAAAAUUGAGAGAAUAGAAGAAAUGCAGAAGAUAACCAUGGAAGGACAUGAAGCAAAACAGACUGAAGAAAAGAUAAAUAUUCGCAUUGUCAAACUUCAAAAUGAGAUAAAUGAAGAUGUAAAAGAAAUGAAAGCUGAAGUUAAUGCUGGGUUUGCAGCUAUCUAUGAGAGCAUUGGGUCUCUMCGGCAAGUUCUAGAGGCCAAAAUGAAGCUGGACAAAGAUGAGCUCCAGAAGCAGAUCCACCAAAUGAAGCAGGAGGUGCCAAGAUGGGGAGAGGCUGGACCAUGAGUGCAAAAUGCUGU